AUGUUCAAAGAAGUCGACCUGCGCAAGGAGCGAGCGUACGCUCUAUUCAUAAGCAUACUCAACCAGUCGCCUGGGAUCGCAGACUAUGUUACCAGUCUGUGUCUGGGAAGUCCGCCCACGCAGUUUGCGUUGGGAGGCUUACUCCGCUUGUGUACGGAGCUGCAGACGGUCACGCAUCUUACGCUCGUGGGCUGGAGUGCGUUCGACAUCGGGCUUGACACGCGCGUCUUCGAGCGGCACUUCCCCAACAUCAAGUCACUCUGUCUAGGAGAACUCGAGAUCAACGAGAUCGACUUCUUGCGCCUCUUCCACGUGAUGCCAUCUCUAGAGCGCCUGUAUUUAUUAGUUGUGAAAGUCCUGCCGGCUCCCGAGGAGUAUGUCGACCAGCCCCCUGUGGCAAGACCUAACCCGAUGCACGAAGUGCACGAUAUAACAUUUUUUCCCGCGCAUUCUCCCAUUGUGUGCAUCGUUCCGAUACUCGCCAAGGCCCCACUGCAGCUGCGUCUCAGAAAGCUUGACCUCUUGCUCGACCCGAAGACGGAAAAGUCUGUCGAGGACGCGCAAGAUCUCCUUCGCAAGGCUGGGCCAUCGCUGGAGCACCUAGAGAUGACUGCGAUGCAGUUCGAGCCCCGCGUAUCCGCCAUAUCCUUUGCCGACAAUAGCGAGCUCCGCGUCCUGCAACUGAAGGACAUCCCACUCGGAAUACGCGAGGCGGCAGUUUUGGUGAGGCGCAUGCCUUUGGACUGGAUUCCAAGCACGCUUGCACAGGUUCUCCCGUUGCAUACACGUCUGCAGAAGAUCCAGCUCCUCACUCGCAUGAUCCAUCGGUGGGACUGGGUCGAUAGGGACGAGUAUAAGUCGCGACUCGACUGGUCAAGGAUGGAUGCCGAACUGGCCCGCAUCGCCGAUGAACACCCGAACGUGGAGAUCUCAAUCUGCGUACGUCGCCGCGCUGAAAAGCUCGAGGACUGGUAUGACAAGAUGGAAGACCUGGUCUUGGAUAAUCUUUCACGAGUCACCAAAAAGAAGUGCCCACUGGGCAUAACAUGUUCCCAGAACUUGUCUGAAAAUGGCUACCUGAGCGGAGAAACUAUUGGCCGGACCUACGAGCACUGGUAUGAUUGCCCGUUACCAGACAGCGGAUCUGCUGACUCGGAUGAUGUGCAUUCUGGGAACGAAAGAUACGAGUCUACUGAAUGAGGCGUGUGAAAAUAUACACGACUUUCAACAAAACUCCCCAGGGCCCAAAGCGGCCUCCUGGCUUCCCUUGGCUACGAAAUCUACAAUUUCGUCAGCUAACCUGUACGAAGAUGAUGAGGGUGUCUCACUACUACACUAGGGUUGAUGUCAGAAAUCAACGAUGCGCCUGCUCCUCGAGUCCAUUCUACCUUGUACAAUUAAGUCUAUUCGUUCUGAAGUAGAAUCGCACUCCUCAGCUAUUCGACCCAUCCGGAUUCAAGCGCUGCCCCAGCAUUGAUUACAUUGAACCUUUAAUCUAAUUCGUUUCCAACAC